AUGUACGGCUACAUCGGGCGUAUACAGAGGGGCAUCCCCUACUCGCCGCCGUCCUCGCCCGAACUGUCGCCUCACCACGGAACGCCCGACCUCUCCGGAGGCAGCGAUUCUGUCACCUCCCCCGACUCGACGUCGAGCCUCAGCUCGCAGCCAAGGCACGACUCGCCACAUUCGACGUCCAUCACGGGCAACCUGCGAAAGCUCUACGACGAGGUCAGGCAACCCGGUAGGUCCUUUCGGAGCUCGCGCGACGAUGCUCGCUGCAUCGGAAGCGAAGACUGCUCGGCAUCAGAUAGCCAGUUCGACAGCUUGCAGGACCUCCUCGAGCGGGCUGGGUACAAGGAGACUCGCGUCAUCACACCGGACCGCCAGGCUAUCGCCAGGAUGGCGUCUCAGUCUCCUCGCAAUCCCGCCGCCGCCAAAGGCGACGCCUUGUGGAAUGGCAACCACGCGUCGACCUCGGUCGCGGCGACAUCACUCCGUCAAACCAUACAACGGACCUUUUCCGACGAGCGAAAGCCAGCGCCGGUCCGCAAGCAACUGAGGUCGACGAGAUCAUCCGGCUGGCUCUUUGGCGCCUUCUGGAGGGCGGAGUCAGCAUCAGAGGAGGUGCCAGCGGUUCCUAAAAUCCCGUCGAUCCGCAUCACUCCGAGCAACGACAUGCAUCACGAGCCCGAGUCAGGCCAUGGUCUGGCCGAGGAGCAGCGCAAGGACUUUGUCGCAUCAAAGACCGACAUCGCAGCGCGGCGAAACGAGCAAGAGCAGGUCAUCACGCACCAGGCGGCUCCGGCGAAACCAUCGCAUACCUCUGCCUCGGGCCGCACCUCCACGCCUAGAAGACCGAAGGCAAAGGCGAGUCAGACGAGUCCAAAGGCAAGCCCAUCGAAGACGAUCCGGAAGCAGGCGAGCAGGAAUCAGCUCUGGAUGGGCAGCCUGGCGUACCGGAAUGCCAAAUCGCAGACAGCGCCCGUGCGGAUGAAGGGCGCCUUCGACCUCGACAGGGCGAUCGGCAAGGAUACGGCGGCGGCAGCAGACCGCUUUGCCCAGCAGCUCGGUGCUGCGAAAAAGGGGAAACGCCGCACCGGCCUCGCUGAAGCGUUUGCAGACAGCCCGACCAAGCCCCAGCGAGGCUCCAUGGAUGAUCCGCAGACGGAAAGCCCGCGCACGCAGCGCCGGCGGCGUAACGAGCGCGCGGUCUGGCGAGAAUCUCUGCAGGGACUGAACCGCUUCGGCGAUCGCAGCGGACGCAAGGGUCACGAUGAGGACCCGACGCCGGUCAAGCCGGCCGCCGAGUCUGGGGCCGAGAAUGGCACCAUUGCUGUCCAGCUGCUUGCUGGACCGGCUCUUCCCUUUCUGACGAUGGACCCAGCCGUCGCCUUGCGGAACGAGGCCUGCCUGCGCCCGAGCCACCUUCGCCGGAUGAAGAGCGUGGACGUGCUCAGCAAAGCGCUGCAGGAGUGCGAGCGGCUCAAGCGGGAACGCGAGGCGUCAUCCUCGACGCUUCCCAUCGACGCUUCGCACCUCGCGCCGCCAAGUCCGGUGAGGCCGCCGUCGCCACCCACGCUCAUGGUCAGCUCCCCGUCUGGCAUCACGUCGCCCAAGGUGCUCGAGCUCAACGGGACCGAGUUUGAGCCUCGAAGCUGGUCGCCGCUAAAGGGCGAAGCUAUCAUCUCUUCGCGUCGCGUGACCAGGAGGCGCUCGAAGCCCCGACUCAACCCGAUCCAGCGAUCGCCAGCCGCUGCUGCCGGCGAGGCGGCUGGGUUGGAAGCGGUCCGGGGCCGUACAAAGUCGCCUCGCAGCCAGCGCACUUGCCCCACCGCCAACGGUGGCGACGGUCCUCGUUCGAGCGUCAAAAGCACCGCUGGAUCGUCCAAGGUGCGGCCGCAGGCGACCCGAUCGAACGCGUCGGGCUCGACGUCAGCCGCGAUCCCUUCGAGGCAGCCGUUCGGGUCGAGCGCGGCGGCCAACGCCGUCGAGGGACGGGAGGACGACGAUCCGUUCCGCUGCGACGGUCCGCUGCCCAGCACGAUCAAGAAAAAGGCCUUUAUGCAGAGCCUGUCUCGGGGCAGCAAGAUUGCCAAGCUCAUCGAAGAGACGCACCGACGUCCGAUGAUGGUAUCGGACGAGAACAGCUUCGCCUCUGCCGGCCUCGACUCGCCGACAUCGAGGGUGAGCGCCAACCGGCGCGGCAACAAGGCCGGCAGCGUCUCGCGGGCUGGCGCGGGCGCAGGCGCGUCGAGGUCGAUCCGUCGCGAGCCCAAGGCUGCUGGCGCCGACGAGCACAGCGGCCACGGCGAUGGGGCCGAGCGUGACGACGACGACGAUGGGCUGCCGCGGCUAUCGUCGUCGUUGAGCCGCAGCUCUGCCAGGCGCAUGGAGGCGCUCACCAUGGCGCUGCGCGAGUGCGCCGACAACUCGCAACUCUGA